AUGCGCAAUCCUGCGUGCGCGGCAACGGUAGCGCCGCCGAGCGGUCGACGAGGUCGAGCCGGCUGGCGACGUCGUCGGCUGCAGCAGCAGCGGCUGGCUCGCUCCCAGGUGCGCGGUUGCGGAGUUUUUCCUCUCUGCCGAGUUGGUGCGCGUGUGGUGUGGCCGGGCGUUAAGCGGCGUGCGCGUGGUGUCGUUCGCAGGCGUCGCCAGCGCACAGAUCUGGGGCGCCCCGUGGCUUCAGCGUCCAGUGGCCAGCGGGCUGCCGUGCGGCGCGGUGAUGCUGCGGACAGCAGCGACGGCGGCAGUCCGGCCAUGACUCCGGAGCCCGCCUCCAUGGCGCAGGAUCAGCAGGAACCGGCGGCGCCGCCGCGCGCAGCGAGCCGGACCAGCGGCAACCUCAAACGAGUGUCGUUUGGCAGCCUCAAGGGCUCCAUGGUGGAGACGCUCGUGUACCAGGACCAAGGACCCGCCCACGAACUGGCCCCACUUCUCAACGGGAGGGGCGAGGAGGAGGAGGCGUGGCGCGUGCGAGUGACCCUGUACGAGGCUCAGCGACCGCACCUGGUCUCGACCCCGGAGUCGCCCGUCGGGCCAGACCAGCUCCCCCUGUUGGCCCACUCCGCUGCGAGCAUGGCCAGCCAGCCGGACGGUUACGUCAGGCAGCAGAGCACGGACAGCGGCCUGGACAACCCCUUUCGUCCCGAUGGUGAACUGAGCCGGGAGGCGGACACCAUCGUGAGCCUGAUCAAGGAAGGCAAGCCCAUUACGCCGGUCAAGGGUGAGCCGGACGGAUUCUUCACCCAGCUGGACGGCUCCGUCACCCACUCGUCGUCGCCGCAGCUCCUGCAGCAGGCCAACGGCGAGUCCAAGAUCUCGCCCGCCAAGGCGCCGGCGGCCGUGGCAGCCGACAGGCCCGGCACAAACGGGUCCGCCGCGCCGCCCGGCGUCAAGAAGGGCGUCGUCGAGGUGCAGCAUGGCAUCGUAGUGCCUCCCUCGGACUCCUCCACCGUGGAGCAGGUGAUGAUCAAGAAGAAGCCAAAGUGCAAGUGUUGCGUCAUCCAGUAGGGCGCCGUCAAGUUGUGGACAUUGUGGACUGCUGCUGCUUCGCUCUGUGCCUCUACAUGGGUGUCUCUCUCUCCCCACUAUCCCUGUCGCGCUCUCUUUGGCUUCCUCGAGCUUUUUCUCGUUUCUUUUUUUAAUUUAUUCAUCACGUAGCUGAAGCUGUUGAGCAGCCGAUGGACUAGGGCGGUCCUUCUGAGGGCCGCGCCGACCUAGCGGGAGGUGAUGAUGUCGUCGUCGUCAAAGUGAAGAAAUGCGUCGUAUUUUUGCGAUCCGAGCGUGCCUUUGACCACCGCCACCUUGCUCCAAUGUUUGUGCGACGAGGAGCUAAAGCUAUCCCAGUGAAUUUCCAAAACCAACGCUCUUUUUUCCCCUUUUCGUUCCCGAGUGUUCGAUGCCGCGGUCGGUACGCGCACCUUGGUCAGGCGUAUUUUUUGGUUGCACGAUCUGGCGAGCAUGAGGGCCCGGCCGGACAUGUCGCGAAUGUCCGAGAACAAGCGAGGCACUUGUCUUUUACUCUUCCUCUCCUUUUAGCGAGGCAAGAGCGGUGAAACCGUUAGGUCUUGGACGGGAGUCCUGAGCCUGUCGUUCUUGACGCGGGUUCGUCUACUACACGUCGUUCUGUGGACAGUUCUGGACGUCCCGUAAUCAUGGCGUGCACGUGAGGUGGACUUUAAGGUAAUCUCUCAGGCCUGUGUUUUGUUCCCAUUUUUAUCGCCGACGAACCUAGUACCGCGGGACUCGGUUGGCACCUUGAAACGUCGUUGUGUUAAGGUUGGAAAAUCAUGCGCACCGUGACGGUGAAAUAACGGCGUCUUUUCACGGAACUCGACUCGUACACGAUGCAUCCAUUCUCCUCAAGCACGGCGCCACGUCCUCUAGACUUUCGUGCAGGACGAAGAAGUCAGCAGCUACUUCGCGAUGAACGGGCGUGCAGUACAGGGCGGGCACGUCUUUGUCAGCUUACACAAGUGCGAAUCUUGCACGGUCGUUGCUAAUUUCCCACGCGAUGGGAAGAAAGUGGAAGCGGUGGAGCACGUUUUCCAUCGUCCGAGCUACGCUCGCCGUUCAGUGGACCAGGCCUGGACGCGGGCUCUCAGUUAUCGCAUCUGGCCGGGGACGUGGAGGACACGGACCUUUCCAAAAGGAUUGCGGCGCCGUAGUCAGGACACGGUGUAGAAGAGCGUAGCAGAUCUCCCUGUCCCGACGCAGACGGUGAACUUUGUAAGUUCUGCGAGGCUUUUUUGUUUUGCACGGCCCGCGGUGGCUCAACACCUUGUUUUCGUCGGCGGAGAGGACGCAGGCCAGGCCACGACUGCCGUGUGAUAUAUGUGGUUCUCCCGCCCGCCACUUUUCCUCCCCCCGCGAACUCUCUCGAGAGAGAGACAGCCGCGACGGCGUGCGUUUAUCGAGCGCGUUCGUCGAAAGAGACACGCGCGCGACGUGUACGUAUGUAUUACCUUUUUUUUAUUUUAGAGAGGGCCCCGUGUUGCCAACUAAAGUCGCUGGACACUGGAAAGUCGAGGGGAAUCCCCUUCCGACGCGAAGGAACGUCCCAGUGUGUACCGCAUCCGUUGCGGUGGGCGCCAGAGGCCUUGGAGGUAUCAGAGGGCCUCUAAAACUACCCGGAAAUCGAAAGGUAGUUCUGUUGUUCGCCGUUUCUCACGACGCCACAACGAUCACGGGGCUGCCAGAUUUUUUUCAAAACGGUGCCGUGAUAGCCAUGGUGGAGCUACAGUUGUAUGAUACAAAAGCACGUGGCCCCCCGCUUCUUUCGCCCUUUCCAUUCGCUCAUCUUUCCCGCUGGACGGGUGGUCCUCAGUGAAUAAGGCAAGGCACGGCGCCGUGUCGCCUUAUGGCUGACAGAAAUUAGGUGCCUUUUUUAUUUCUUUUUCUUCCUAACCACCGCCAAAUCGGCGAGCGCUCGUACGUGCGAGCAGACAAACGGGCUCUGGAUGACAUGGCCAGGCACGAACGGUGACGUCACGGCCAACGCUGGGGAUCACCCAAAGGCCCGGACGGACAAGCGAUUAUUUCUUGGAUGUUGUGGCUGCGCCCGCGGCUCGCUUGCGCUGCCGCGUUUAGCAAUGCUAAUCAUGUCGGCACUCUGAACAUGACGCGCACGUUUACUCGAAAUUGUCAAAAAUUUAUCGCAGGUAUAGCUUUUGGGGCCCUUUAGGCGCCGGAUGACCAGCAUACUUUGCCGCAGCACAGCAUACUUUGCCGGAGCUUUCGUUGAACCUUUCCUUCAGAAGCGGAGUACUCCUUUCUCACCCUGAAGAGGUGUACAGAGCUGAGCUUGCCAGCGCGGCAGCUACUGUUGUUAAAUCUCGCUCUAAGGUGACACCGGCACCCUGAAAAUGAGGCAGGCGCGCGUGGCGGAGAUGUCGGGGCAGCUUUUUUUGUUGUUUGCAUGAGCAGGCGCUGUCGUCGGUAUCGAAGACCCUCUCGCAGCUCGUCGACCUGUUAGGCCUAGCGAAUCGCACUCCCGCCUAGCCUCGACCGCAGUCCCCCGAACUGCCGGCAUUGCCUGGCGGAAACCACGCGCUAUACUUUCCAGUGCCUAGCGACUUUACUGCCAACUGGCCCUUCCUCGCGCAAAUCGCUGUUUUCAGCGCGUAUAUAUACGACGUGAAGAAGACACACACAGUUAAUAUAUUUUGUCCUGCUUUGCGUGUUACCGUAGGUGUAAAUAAAGGACAGCUGCACACAUUACGUCGGGCACCAUCCCCCCCUCCUACUCACUAGCCCCAGUGUUUCUUAUUUUUUUCUAUUUUUCAGACUACUCCAUCUCGAGUCCCUCGUGCGUAUCGCACGCGGAACACAAGAAGUGAACGGCUACAUCAGAGGACAGACGCGCGCCGAGACGCGAUAAAGGUCUGACCACACGAACGCGUUGCAGCGCGUACCCGGCGCCGCACCUUUCUCCCUAUGGAGAAGAGGGCACGCGGGUUCGCGUAGCCGCGCCACCCUCUCCCUGUAAAGGGAGAGGAGGGUGGCGCGGCGCCGCAUCGACACGCCUCACGUUGACGCGCUGCAAUGCGUAUGUACGUGUUUCAGUAGGCGAACCUCUACAAAACCGGUUUCGUGUGCGUUCGCGUGUUCUAUGCGCAUGUCUCUUAAAAGGAAAACGAUGCGACAUUCACUGACUAACGAAGGGCUUCACAGCAUUAUUCCAUCGCAGCAUGCGUUGCCUAUAGAGUGGCUGGAAUCGGUGCAUACUAGUAAACCAAAAAAGAGAGAUAUGUUUGUAUUGUUGCUUGACCACGUGAAUGCAAUCGACCUGCGUCUCAUCUGGUGUCCACGAUAGGCAGCGCAGCGAAAUGCUGCACGCCUGUUGUCGCGGCGGUCGUUUCCAAUGCCGCGCCCGUGCGCUUCGUGCGGCGCGUUUUGUUCGCAAAUGUAGCCGUGGCUGUAACAUUUUACGGGCUCCGCGGCCAUCGGUGUAGCAUACGCGGUGGCAGAGUGUACAAAAGCUUCCCUCUCCUUCCACCCUUCCUCCUGUAGGUUCCAUUAUUGCAAAUGUCUUACAACGUCUUUGAUGCCCUCCUUUAUUUGUGUCCUUUUUGUUCUAUCUCCCCGUUGGCUGUUUUUAGUGGCACCUUCGAAAAACGGUUGUUUUCGUCGAGAUGGCCCGUCGUAGGAUGCCGCACAUGGGCGCGCCUCUGACGUAUACACGGCUAUACGCAGUCACAUCAGUCCCAGUUUGUGAGAGUGUGUGUACAAACGAUUUUAAUUUCAAGCUCUCGGCGUGUUUCCUUCGCCGUUUGCUCGCAGAGAUAUAGAUUUUUAUUUUCGAGUUACACCGAGGCCGAGCAAUUUUAACGCCGCAGAUUUAUUUCUUCAACCUAUUUAACGACGCCUGGCAUUGGAGCCAAUCGAGAAACGAGUUGGACGUACGGAGCUGAGCGCCCGCUGGGCCCUAAGGGCCUGACCACAUGUGCGCGUUGUAGCGCGACGGCGCGUGGAUGGUAGACUCGGAGCCGCGCCCUCUCCUUGUAAAGAGAGAGAGCUCGCAGCUUCGUGUAGCUGCUCACCCUCCCCUUUCAUGGAGAGAGGGCGUGGCGCCGUGUCUACCAGAUACAUGCUGGCGCACUACGAAGCGUACGUACGGCCAAGCUUUUUGUUUUGCGGAACUCCGCCAACAUGCUUGUGCUUUCAAAGCCAAGACAGUAUGAAAGAACACAGUGAGUUUUUUUUUUUUUUCUGUGGCAACAGGUGAAGUACCUUUCAGCAGAGGCACUUGUCGCACUUUUAGGCAUAUAUGGUGCUCCCAUUUGAGGAAGACAUUCUUGUUGAGCGGCAUAAAUUGAGGAACGCGCCAUCAGAAGACCAGAAGUUCUGUUGUGGAUACAGCGACUCUAAUUGGUCCCAGUACAACCUCUCGUCGUAACAAUUUUAAGCUUUCUUUUAUUUCGAGGCAAGAAAUCGUACUUCAAAUUUUUUUCGGAGUUUGGAACAUCUUUUGUUGUAAUUAUCGCGCUGGUGCCCGAAAAAAAGAAAAAGCUAUUCCUACUCGCUAGCUGCGGAGUGUGGAGACACAAAAAACGAACGCCAUUUCGAUCACGGUAUCCCCGUGGCCGAUAAAAACUGCUGUCCCAAGUGUGAGCGAUCACGUAGGCCCGAUCGGUGGCACUACAGGACGAUUUGCCGCGGCGUCUACUCGGUUAGAAUACACGAACGCACUAGGGCAACUGUUUUAUUUAAGUAGGCUUUCCUUAGUAAAAUAUCGCUCAAAACAAUGGACGGCGAUAAAAGUCUUGGUUUUGUUUGUUUCUGCGAUGUUUUGUCAGACGGCGCAUCUGGCUUGUGCGUUCGUCACUUUGGUCGGCGGCGUUUGCUCGAAGAAUUGACUGCGUUGCGAAUAGUCGCUUUGGGCCAGUCUGUGUAACCUUUAACGUUACACCUUGCGCCAGCACCGCCUCACCUAGAAAUGCAGCUUGCCUCCAGACAGGCUGUAACCGAGGGCGCUCGCUUCAUUGUGUCGCGUCAGCUGGCCGAACCCGUCGCACGCUUCUCGUGAUACAUGGACACCAUGUGGCAUCAAGUGGCACGCGUUUCAACCUGGCUACGCUUCCGCCACCACUUGUUCGAGUGAGAAAUGACAUUUAAACAACCUUAUAUAUCCUUAUCGGCUGCUUUCGCCAAAGGCAGCGUGCAGAGGUCCCAUCAAGUGCGCCCAUGAAUUACGCAAUGCUACCAUUAGCAUCGGUCAUCACUCGCGACCGAUAUCAGGGGGUCGUGGCGGCCCGUCUUUAAGCUGAAAUCUGCUCUAAGGCGAGCACUGCACCCAAGUCGGGCGUCUACACAACAAGAAUAGUGAUACACAACAAGAAUAGUGAUAGGGCCUGAUUGCGUUUUUUUUUUCUUUUUACCGAAAAGUGCGCUCGACACUUUCCUAUUGGGAGUGAUAUAUGUCGUCCCGAUAGCCGCACGCUGUUCGUGACGAUAUGACUGGCGAUCAUGGUUGUGUUGCAAAAUUACUCCCCAAAUACGUCUGGUCUUAAAGUGGUUGACAGCAGGCAACCGCCAGAUGCGUUUGGCCACUUAUUGAGCAUCCGGCCUCCUCUAUAGAGUGUGGUAUACGACGCCCCCGAAUGAAAUUUAAGUUUAGGAAGAAGCAUGCACUAGCAGCAUCAACGUGAAACAUACUGCACCUCGAGGUAUGAAGUUCGAUUCGGGUUGAUGCGCUUAUGAUUGUACUCGCAGAAGUUCCAGCCCUUCACUGUUACAGAACUGUUGUUGGCGAAUACAGCCGGGAGAGAUGUGCCGCAUGAUUUAAGACAGUCCCAUGUUCACGAUCGUGUUCAUUUCGUUUGCUCGUGUCUGUAACAGUCCGACGACAGCUCUGUGCCGUGUUUUACGCUUGUGUCUUUUGUGUUACCGCGACCCGCUUGAAUACGGUGACGUGUUUGCUCCGUAGAUGAUCGUACCGAAGGUGAUUUAUUUUUAUUAUUUUUGUUAUCCUGCCGUUGUGUCUGUGUGGUUGAGUGUGGCCGUGAGUGUCAGUCAAGAGGACCCAAGGCUUGCUGCGUAGUUUACGAGAUGGACUCGUCACAAUGUGAGAACACGCGUGUCCGGGUUUUUGUACGUGCAGACUUGUCGGUUUAAGACAUGGUGUGACACAACGUAGUGUAUUGUGACCUUGGUGAUUUGCAUGCACAGCGUAUAGCAGACGACGGGAACUUGUAGAAUGAUUCUGCGUGUCGACGAGGGCUGUGCCCGUUUCACAUGUCGACAAUGCUUCUUCAGCCGCACAUGGUUUGUUUUGUCGGAAGUUUGGACACGCAGCUUUCAGUCUGCUUUUUUUUAAUGAAAAAAAAAAAGAUGUGAACGUAAUCUGGUGGCGUCUUUUACCGGUGCAGUGAUCUCUCAGCGAAAUAGUUGGAUGCAGCCUUUGUCCAGAAUAAGCGGAGCCGUGAGGGCGGGACUAGUGUCAACAGUGGCACGUCUAUACAUAGUUGCAUGCUUUACCCAUGGGCUCUGCAGAUGAAGGCAAACGACACCUUUCCUAAUUUUGUCUCGCCAUUGGUUCCGGAGCUUCAUCGAACAUCCACCUAUACGAUAGCUCGUUUUUUUUUUUUUUUUUGGCAAACGCUGCGUGCAUCUUUAUCGCUAUAGCUUUUCUUUUUUUUUCGGUUAUCGAAGAGUUGUUGCAACCGGUAUUCACCGCACACCAUUCGAGUCAGUGUUAUCGAAAAUGAAUUCAGUGGCAUUCACCACUGGAGAGCCGUGACAAUUGAAUAGGCGAAAACGUCAUGUUCGCUGAACAAUCACCGGAAGAGAUUGUUCUGAAAAUUUUCCUCCCCGAUCGGACAGUCCUUGAGACUCGCCACGUAUCAACUACCGCGGCGAUGGAUUUGCGUUUGUUGUUGAACGCUUUUAUUGCAAUGACCGGCCCGCCGCUCUUAUCUGUGAGGUCCUGCGGUAAAGCCUCAUUGUAACGAAAACCGCGAUAUGACAUUUCGUCUAAAAAAAAUGCUCUGCUUGGCUGCAGCUGCAUAGGAAACGUGUUCAUAGCUCAAAACUUGGCCAUCGCUGUGAACCACGGUGUUUAGAAGUAUCUGUGAACUUUGCCGCUUCGACUGAGGCCUUACCGUAUGACUAGAGUCGUCGUGUCGGUUCAGCCUUACUGUUCGUGCAUGUUAUCGUGAAGUUGGUGUGUGCUCGACUUUCCGCUUCGUUUUUGCAUGGAGAAAAAAAAAAGGGUAUAAGAAAGCGUCGCGUGAAAAUUUCGAAGCCUAGCCAUGAAAAAUGAAACGGGAGCAUGCUGGGAAUCGGUGACCAGCGUAUUGAACGAGAGGGAGAGGGGGGAGCUGCGUCCGGGGAACUUUGCUUGUGGACGCCGGGCGCUCUCCAAUUUUUUGUUAUUGUUCAUGGCUCAACCCCCCCCCCCCCCCCAAAAAAAAAAUGGAAUAACACGGUAGUACCAUGGGAAAUUAUAAAUUGGCAGCAGCAAGCACAGGACCGGGUUAGCUGGCGGAACAUGGGAGAGGCCUUUGUCCUGCAGUGGACGUAGUCAGGCUGAUGAUGAUGAUGACCAUGGGAAAUGUGACACGACCGCGAGCGGCUCCGGAAGAGGUAGGCUUGUGGACGCCAUGGUUGUCUCCUAUCUUUUUUUUUUUCCUCCAUGCGCUUUUGUUUUUUAAACAUGAGAGGCCGCAUCGCGCUCCCCUUUCCACUCCCUCUGCCCUGCACUGGCUUCCGCACGGGCCGUCGUGAGACAGCGGGAGUGGACAGCGAGGCGUGGGCGCCGAUUGAAUCGUCUGAAGAGCGCUGCAUGUUGCGCAUGCGCAAUUCUUGUGUGGCACUGCGGUUGUAGGACACUCCGUGCGUUCAUCAGCACGCAGCGUAUGCCGACGUGGCAGAGAAAGCGCAGUGUUGCGGCUCGACGAUGGGCCAGCGAUUGUACAAAAAAAAAGACGGGCCCAUGUGUAGGCCGGUCUGAAUAAAUAUGUGCACCUGCAGAUCGAA